AUGCGCACUAGUAGUACCGACCAAGGCCAGGGCCAUCAGGCCCGCCGCCUAUCGUCCAACAAUCCGUUCCGCCAAGACGCGGUUCUACAUCAACAACAAGUACACCAAAGUGACAGAGAAUUCCAGGAGUGGGUAUCGUCGAACGCGAUGUACAGUCCCUACGGGUCCCGGCCCGCAACCCACAAGAGCACUUCACUGCUGAGCUUUUCCAACAGCAUUGAGGAACAGCCGCACGAAGAGGAGCUGUUAGCACCUCACGGCUCACCGGCGAUCGGCUCACCACACAGUGCGGUGGACCCGAAGACCAUUAUGCGCAGAAGCAUGACGCCUCCACAACGACCAGCGUCGAAAAACCCGUUUUUGGUGGACAUCAGCCCGCAGUCGGCCAGCGACGUGGAGUCUGCCACGUCUUCGUCGCCGCAGGCGCCUGCGGCGACGACAACGCACCCAACAGCACAGGAGGAGAAAGAGCGGCUGAGACGGCGGUAUUUGGAGCAGACUCCACUGUCGGACUCUCCCUCGGGCGAGGACCUACCUCCCUCUUACGAGGAAGUGGCCGGUCCCAAGAAGAAUAGUUCUCGCCCUCGUGAAAAGUCGUCUUCGUCGCGCCACAACGGCACAGCUUCAUCCUCCUCCCGUUCUCACAGGCAUCGCAGCAGUCGCGAGUCGUCCUCGAGCCAAAAGCACUCGUCUGGCCACCGUCGCUCCUCGAAGGACAAAAAGGGCUCGUCCUCCUCGGCCUCGUCCAAACCUUUGGCCAAAAAUGUCGAUACCAUUGAUAAACUGGAUGUGACGGGGCUUUUCGGCGGUGCAUUCCAUCAUGACGGGCCUUUCGAUGCGUGCACGCCUCACCGCAACAGAAACAAUAAAGUAGCACCUGUGAUGGCCUUCCCCAAAGACGGGCCAAAUUCGUCGAUCGCAGGCGCUGCGAACAGCAAAUCACCCAUGAAGGAGGUAUUUGGUCAAGAUUCAGUCGACGACGAUGAUACUUACCUGUACAAGAACAAGGUUUACAGCAAAGUGGCCAACUCCUCUUCAACCAACACCGUGGACGCCAUCAAACCCAACUCCCGGACGAUAGGAGCUUUUGAUGCGAAAGGCAAAACCCAACUGGUCCACGGACCCACCACCGAGGGAUUGGGUUCUACAACCUUCCUCGAUGGCGCGCCUGCUACUGGAGCUCAAGCCACUUACAACCGACUACACCCCAAUCACAGACAAGAGCCACUACAUCUCACUAGGAGUCAUUCAGGCCACUUGGAGUAUGAAAAUGUGGACCCAGAUGAGGAUGUGUACCUGGGGGGGCGCAUGGAUCCGAGUGAGAAGAAAAGUGGCUCUGGAAAUAAAUUUAUGAGGAGAGUGAAGAGUCUGAAAGUUGGAAGGAAGGCAUGA